CACGCCCCUUUCGCCCUUCGGACUCCUCUUGAUCACCAACAUCAUCGGCGUCGAGCCAUUGUGUGUCCUCGCCGUCGUCCUCGUCGACGUCGAUCACCGCGUAGAGCGCCCAGGGCGUAGCUAGACCCCCGCGUCCAAAAGAGAUUCCGUAGUCGUCAACAGCGUCGACAUUGCCCCCUGCUGCCUCCUGCAGCACCGACACCCUGAGCCACCCAGCCGCUAUGUCGCGCGCGCAGACCGCAACGUCGCAGCCGGCGCCGGCGCUGCCCAAAGUCGGCGAGACGCGCUGCUACUGGGCGCUCCUCUCCGCCGACCUCCAGUUCAUUUACCUCGACCCCACAUUCGCCAGCCAUCUCGAACAGCAGGCUGAACAGCUCGUCGGCAAGUCCCUUCUCCAGUUCGUCCAUCCAGACGAGCAAGCCUCUGCCAAGCAAGAUCUCGGCAGCGUCCUCGACAGUCGUACCCUUCAUGGUAGCGUCACCCGCGUCCGCUUCAGCCGCCUCGCCUAUGUUCGCAAGCAGCUGGGCUCUGAGGGCGACAUCAAGGUCGCCGCCACCGAUUCCGACUAUAUGCCCGUGGACAUAGUGAUCAACUGGGCCGCCGAGGGCCUCGUGCUUUGCUUUAUACACUCUAUCGUCGAGCAGGAACCCGGCAAAGAUAACGACGAGGGCAGCAAUCCCAACUGGUGCGGCACGCCCGUCAUGACCCUCGAUCACUUCCAGCUCCUCUUUCGCCGCCUUCUCGUCUGCGUGCCGCAGGCAGGCAGCGGAAUACGAGUGUUUCAGAUACUCUCGAACCAGCAGGAACGCCAGCUCAUGCUCAGCUGGCCUCCAGACCAGGGCCACGGGCCCAUGGGCAGGGAUUUUUCUCGCCUCGCUGAAAAGGUCGCCAUGGGCGGCUCACCAGGGGAGACUGAUGCGAAGACUAGCUGUACUCGGCGCUUCCGCUCCAUGCAAACCAUGCCUGGCAUUGGCGCGGACGUAGAGAGCAUCUUCAUCCCUCAUGGUUCCAUCGUCUUCGCCUGUCACAAGGUUAACGCACCCUCGCGCACCUCCUCUACCCCGACCUCCAUGCAAGCGUACGGCCAGACUGCCUACGCUCCUCCCCAGCCUCCAUAUUACGACCAGAACCACGGCUAUGGCGCUCAGCCCCCACUUGCAGUGAACCCUCCACCUGGUACCUACUUGCCUCCUUCCCAGCCGAACUCGGCAACUCCGGACCCGUACUCUUCACCACGAUGGGCACAGCCUGGGCAGUGGCAAGGGCAGUCGCAGCCCCCACCCUCCUCCGCACCUUCAUCCUCCAUCGAUCACCAACGUGCUGGCACAUAUCCUCCGCAAGGUCAACCUUGGCCUACUUCCCAGCCCGCGUACCCGCCAGCCGGCGAUGCUGAAGGCCGCCCCUUGUCACCUGGCGAUGAAGUACCGCCACCGAAGCGACGCGUGAGUCCUGGGCAGACUCGGGAAUCUUCCGCGAGUCGCAGCAACAGUGGCGCGAGCAGCAACCGCCCCAUGGGCGUUCUCAAGUGCUCAAGCUGCAAGACGACAUCGAGCCCGGAGUGGCGCAAGGGCCCGAGCGGGAAGAAGGAGCUCUGCAACGCCUGCGGCCUCCGUUUCGCCCGCUCGCGCGCAAAGAAGGAGGGUCACGUGCAGGCGAAGAAGCGUAAGGAGAAGGGCAUCAUCAAGCGCGACUCGGCCACGCCCCCCGCUGGCUUUCGGCGCUACGACGAUGGCAGCACGGAAGGGUACACGCAGCCGCCUCAGCAUGGCCCGCCCGUCGAGAUGAGCCCCGCGCCGUCAUCGGCGGGGUCGGUGGGCUCCGUGAAUUCGGUCAACUUCGUGCACUACUCGCCGGCUCCCAACAGCCAGGAGCCUCCGCGCACACCGUACGCGCCGUACUACGCAGGCGUGACGUCCCCGCUGGCGACGCAGCCCCCUGUAGGCGGAGCGUACGAGACGGGACGCACGUCGCCGGGGCAGAUCUUGGCCCCUUCGUCGUUUGAGCGCGAUCGCGAGCGUGACGCGCCCGAACAGAGGCGAUCAGUGGUUGGCGGCGCGUAGGAGCGUUCUUUCGUGCGUAUGCGCGGAUGAGAAGUGAUUGUCGCACGGCAGUCAGUCCUUGACAAAUGCUCAUUUUGGGCUGGCUGGUCUGACGUUGUACGGCUGGUGAUAUUCCCUGCGAAUGCUGUCAGGAUAGACACUUUGUUGUUUCGUACGGGCGCCUUAGGGGACCAGCGGUCCUGUCGCAUACCGGGUUUCAUUCGAUCGCGGUUCUGACCCAUACCUUCUUCUUUCGUUCACCUCCCAUAAUUCCUUCACCCACCGUCCGAUAUCUUCUCCCCUUUUCCCCUUUGUCUCUUCUCGUCCCUUCUACUGUUGCCGUCCUCAGCGCGCUCUGUAUCUCCGUAAUGGACGGUUGAUUGCAUUAGUUUAGCCAGGGUAUGCCUCUGCGUGUACAUAUUAUAUGGUGACCGUGUAACGACGGGUUAUUCAUUGUCGAUGUUCUUGAUCUGCAUCCCAACAGAAUAUAUGAAUCCACAA